AUGACAACCCCUUUUAAAGAAAGUUCUCAGUAUUUGAAUGAGGCUGAAAAGGAAAACUUUGCUAGAUUCCUGGAUAAUUUUUGUGGUGUAUUUUCCGACAAUGUUAUUGCGGCUUCUAAUCUGAGGAAGACCGUGUUCCAAUUAAUUGUGCUUAGAAGUUGUGUGAGGCAAAUCUUGGAGGAGGCGCACAAUUCUCCCACGGGGGGACAUUUUGGUAUUAAUAAAACACUAGACAAGAGGGAUUGGGAUCGAUGGAUCCCACUUUUCUUAUUGGUGUAUAGAUCUUCUAAACACGAAACGACCGGGUUAACCCCGGCGGAACUCUAUCUUGCUCAGGACCUUAGGUUGCCGAUGGAUUUAUUGCGAGGUAAUCCGCCUAGAGCCCAGGGAGCAGACUCUCUUGUGGGCUAUUUAGGAAAAGUAAACAGGAAAUUGGAGAACAUUUAUGAAGGCGUAAGGAAGCGGAAUAAAAGGAAAGUCUCCUUUGUAGUAAAGGCCAAGCUGUUUAUGAGGAGACUGUGGAAGUUGAGCGUGAAUUGGGAUGACAAAUUGCCGAGUGAAUUUGUAAGCGAAUGGAAUGCUUAUAAAGAAAGACUAGAAACUAUGGAAGAAAUACAGAUACCACGUCAAGCGGUAAUUAAAGGCGUCAUCGAAGUGGAAAUGCAUGGAUUCUGUGAUGCGUCGCAGGUAGCUUAUGGAGCCUGCAUUUAUUUGUGUUCUAAAGACUCUACGGAAAAAAGAACCGUACGAUUACUAACGUCCAAAUCACGUAUAGCUCCUAUGAAGACUAUUUCAAUUCCGAGAUUAGAAUUAUGCAGCGCAGUACUACUUGCGAAACUUGCUAGCAAAAUAAAAAGCGUUAUGACAUUUUCGAUAAGCAAGUAUGUCUAUUGGACUGAUUCUAGUAUUGUUCUUCACUGGAUUCGAGGUGAGCCAAACAACUACAAGGUCUUUGUAGCGAAUCGUGUUGUAGAAAUUCAAGGUCUAACGCAUCAAGAGGAGUGGCGUCAUGUAAGGACAAAAUCCAAUCCUGCGGAUAUGCUGUCUCGAGGGGUGGAUCCUCGUGAAUUGCCCCAUUCGGAGGUGUGGUGGUCGGGGCCACCGUGGUUGCAAGAAGUUCCGGAUCAAUGGCCACGUGACCUUAUUGAAGAGUGUCCGGGCGGAUUAGAGGAGGGGUCCCGAGGAGGGGCCUUCGUAGCGAUUCAUGAAGAGGGAAGCAGCCUGUUACGUGGGUUCUCUUCGCUAUCCAACUUGAGGCGGGUGGUAGCCUAUUGUUGUGGAUUUGUAGAAAACGCAAGAAGGUCAGCGCAACGAGGUAAUGGACCUUUGGAAGUGGAAGAAUUGAGAAGAUCUAAUAUCGCGUUAGUCAAGUUAGCCCAACAUCAAGCAUUUUCUCGAGAAAUUGAGGAUUUGAGUAAGGAGGGGAAGUUCAGGAGUGUAUCAGGGAGUAGCCGUAUCUUAGCGCUGAAUCCAUUUUUGGACGAUCAAGGGAUAUUGCGAGUUGGCGGCCGUCUUGGGAACGCAGAACUGUCAUAUGAUCGGCGAUUUCCUAUUAUCCUUCCUUCCGAUAAUUCCUUUUCUACUUUGUUGAUUCGCGAGAAACAUUAUCAGUAUCUACAUGUAGGACUUAAUACGUUAAAUGCGAUCAUUCGCGAAAAUUAUUGGAUUGUAUCAGCUCGAAAAGAAAUUCGCCGUGUAUUACGUAAAUGUAUAUUAUGCUUUCGUAAGUCUCCGAGAAAUGUAAGUCAACUUAUGGGUAAUUUGCCAGCAGUGCGAGUAAAUCCAGGACGUCCGUUCACUCAUACUGGUAUUGAUUACGCAGGCCCAUUUACAAUUAAGAUAUCACGUAAUAAAUCGGGCAAGGCUUAUUUAGCUGUAUUUGUUUGCUUAGCCACUAAAGCUGUUCAUCUAGAAGUCGUUUCUGAUUUGUCGACAGUUGCGUUCAUUAAUACUUUAAAACGAUUCGUCGCCCGACGGGGAAAAAGUAGUCAUCUAUAUUCGGAUAAUGGUAGAAAUUUCGUAGGAGCCAGAAAUGAAUUGAAUGAGUGGGUAAAAUUUAUACAAAGUAAACAAUUAAAGGAUAAAGUUUUAGAGUUUACUGCGGAACAAUCGAUUAAAUGGACAUUUAUUCCUCCAUAUUCUCCUCACGUCGGUGGGAUAUGGGAGUCAGCUGUAAAGGCGGCUAAAACUCAUCUAAAGGCAGUAAUAAAUCAAAAUAGUUUGACAUUUGAAGAGUUGACCACAAUAUUUACCCAAAUCGAAGCUAUUUUAAAUUCGCGACCAAUAACUCCAGUGUCAACGGAUCCCUCGGAUUUAUCAGCACUUGCGCCGGGUCAUUUUUUAAUAGGAGCGCCAUUGACUGCGAUUCCAGAACCUGGUCUUGAGGAGAUACGAUCAAAUCGUUUAUCACGCUUUCAAUUGCUCUCUAGUGUGAUGCAGGGCUUCUGGAAGCGUUGGUCAAGAGAGUACGUUGCAAAUUUACAAACUAGACAAGGGUGGAAGGAAACCAAAGAAAAUCCUCAUCUUAAGAUGGGUGCUCUUGUAUUGUUACGAGACGAUGGCGCUCCUCCGCUUCAAUGGAGAUUGGGUCGCAUAGCCGAGCUUAUUAAAGGAUCGGAUGGAUUAGUUAGGACGGUAGAAAUGAAAACUCAGUUGGGAUUGACCCAGCGUGCGAUUCAGAAAAUAAGCGUAUUGCCACUAGAAGAAUAG